CCUCUUCGUCCUCUACAGAUGAGGAUGUGGAGAUAGUUGAAAUAGAGGGUUCUGAUGACGAUGGGAAUCAGGCACUGGAGUCCGUUGUAGGUGCUGAUGGACUGAGGAAGUUCAUCAUGUUGCCGGAGUGGACAUUCCAUAAGUUCACAUCCGUCAUCAGGGAGAAACAUUUCAGCACAUUUAGAACAAACUUCCAAAUACCGGACUACAUUUCCAUCCGUCUUCCUUAUGUGUCAGAGAAGUGUUACUAUGAAGGGGUAGACGGUGUUGGAAUAUAUGAGCAGGCGUUGAAGGCAGGACUUCGGUUCCCGCUCUCAACACUUCAUAGGGAACUUUUGCACUACCUAGGGUUGUCCGUCACACAGAUAUCUCCUAACGCCUGGAGAGUCUUCAUAGCCAUGGAGAUUCUCUAUGGUGCAUGGUCGGACGGAGAGAGGAGACUGACGGUCCGUGAAUUUCUUCACUGCUACCGUCCAGACGAGAUUUCUGGGUCAAGGGGGAUGUAUAGUUUUGCUAGUCGGAGCCCCUUGUUGAAGGUGAUCUUUGAGACCCCAGACUCAAAUAGAGACUGGAAGAGUCGCUACUUCUUCCUGGAGGGUAACAGAUGGAUGAACCAUCCAGGGGAGACGGAGUACCUACCCGUUGACACAACCUGGGCGGUGAUAAAUCAACUGCGUAUGCACCCGUCCUAGCUUGCUUCUGUUUUUCAUAUCCGUCUAUGUGUAUAUUCUGACCGUCUUUCUCUGUAGGUAGACGGCGCCCGCAAGUUAGCCUUGAGGAAUUCAGUUUCCUUGAAGAGAUUUGCAGGAAAACUAAGCCGGAGGAAAGGACUUGGGCCAAGUUAGUGAACCCAAGAACAAUACAUUGGUAUUGUGACGGUCCAGAACCCACUCGCGAGGCCCUUGCAUACGACGAAAGAAUACACAAACGUAAGUCCGUCAACUCUUACUCUUGAAUUUAGCAUUUAACGAAGGAUGAUCUUAAUCCGUCCUGUAUUUGUAGAAAUGGACGACGCUAAGAGAAGGGCAAUGAUAAAAUCACUAGCCGUCGAGCAAAAGAAGACGGGUGAAGUUGUCAUUCCUAAGGUGCCGGGGUCGUCGGCUAAGAGGAAGCAGCCGCCAAAGUCUGACCGUCCAUACAAGCAACCGAAAGUUUCAUUGGAGCCCGUGGUGGGCUUGAUGGCUGAGGGCGUUAAGACCGUCACCCAAGCCAAACAUGGAACCGGCAAGGGCCUAAUGCGUGCCCCUCCCGUCAACGAGGAGAAACCUCCUUCCCUUCUCCGUGACGAUUCGAAGUAUGCCUUGGAGAAACUCAAGUCAAUAAUUUCGGCAGAGGACUACGAGGAUCUGGGGAAUCAUUCGACGGAAGCAAUGGGGGAGACGGGUUUAUUCGCCGUUGGGCAGUCCUUGGUCAUGAUGAAGGGCUUGAUGGAUCGCUGCCUCAACCGUGAAGCGGCUCUUGAACGUAUACGGACAAAGGCUGAGCGGACGGAGGAGGAGCUUAGUCAACUGUACAAGUGGAAGUCCACAAUGGAGCAGAAGUUUGAACUGUCUGAGCAGACCAGAAAAGAGUUCGAACAGAGGACGGAAGAAGCUGGGAAGGCCUUGAAGGGUAAAGACGAGGAGGUGAAAGAGUUAAAGAAGAAACUCCGUCAAGCCGGAGAGGAUGCCGUCACCGAGUAUCGCAACUCUUUGGAUUUAUUGAAGGAGCUGGGGGGUUCGUUCCUUCAAGGCUUUGACGAUGCCCUCCGUCAGAUAAAGAAGACCUACCCGGAUCUUGACGUGUCCAUGAUAACCGUCAAUGACCAAGAUCAGACAUCCGCUCUGCCCGUCGCUUCAGAAAACACGGAAGACCUGUUUGGUGAAGAUGCUGUUCAGGGCGAAGGAGAGUCUGCUCCGUCGAAGGACGUUCCAGCUGAAGAGCCGAAAAAAGUAGAUUAA